GCCGAGUUGACGGCUUUUGCCCGCGCAGACACUACGACUCACACGCAAGGAUACUGUCAGGGCAGCAGAAUCAAUAGGCCGAGACAUGGGGCCUUCUAACAAACAACUGAGAAAAAGACCUGGUCUUCUGUCCCGCACCCGUCCCCCCACUGUCCGGGCAAAGCAUGCGGCCUUGUCGGCGAAAGCUACUCGAAAUCUCAUUCGAUCACACCAUCGACUACUCAAAGCGCUUGCCCAAGCUGUACGGGCCGGUGAUGAUGUCUUAGUUGGAAAGAUCGAGGCGCAAAUCCAGGAAAAUGGCGGCUUGGAGAGCUACCAGCUCGCAAGCAAACUUGGCCAGUCUUUAGAUCGUGGAGGCGACUCUAGCAAGGUCUUAGUUGAUUGGAUAGCUCCCCGGUUACUGCCAAUAGAAAAUACGCCCUACAAGCUCCGAGUACUCGAGAUUGGAGCUCUAAGCACAAAGAACGCUUGUUCAAUGAACAGAUUACUGGACGUCACUAGGAUAGAUCUGAAUUCUCAAGAACCGGGGAUCCUGAAACAGGAUUUCAUGAAAAGGCCUCUUCCCCAAAACGAGUCCGAUAGGUUCCAUAUCAUCAGUCUCUCCUUGGUCCUCAAUUAUGUUCCAGAUGCCGCCGGUCGGGGUGAAAUGUUGAAGCGCUGUAUAUCCUUCUUGACCACGUCGCCCCCCUCCGGUUCUUCUCUUGAUAUUAUCCCAAGCCUGUUUCUGGUUCUCCCACUCUCCUGCGUUACCAAUUCGCGCUACCUCACCGAAAGCAGGUUGCAAGACAUAAUGUCUAGUAUGGGCUUUGCGUUGGCUAAGACCAAGCAGACAUCCAAGCUGAUAUUCCAACUUUGGGAUCAAGUUGGCGGCUACAACGCCAAACCCUUCAAAAAGGAAAUCUUGAACCCUGGAAAAACAAGGAACAAUUUUUCAAUUAUCGUCAAGUGAUAAUAGUGUCGUAUGGGACAACAAGAAAGAGUUGCUAUCCGCACAUUCAUAGUGCAGAGAUAGCAUCCUGCGGGAGAAUGGACCAUGCAGUCCCAAUCAAGGCCAAUAUCGAGGAAGUUAUUAGAAGGCACCAGUCCAGUACCCGUUCUCUUGGACUUAUCUCGUUGCCAAAUAUCUUCAGGUGGAAGGCAACCGGCAAUAUGAUGCAGAUCGUGAAACAUAAAGCUGACCCCAUCAGCGCCAUAAUUCGAUCAAAAGAAGGGAAGAGCACUGCCAUGAAAACAAUGCUGACCACGACAAGGAUG